UAUCGUUUCCCUUAGAGAUUAUGUGUAAUAUAAAUUAUGUGUAAUAAAAUUUGUCAUCUGAUUGUCAGAGUGCGAAUGUCACUGUGAUUUAUUCACGACAUACACAAAGCACUGGACUUCAAAAUUGAAUAAACUAUGCGUGGUACGCGGUUGAAUACUCUACAGGAUGUAGCGAUCUCGAUUGUUAAGAAAUACUGUAAAAUUUAUAUCAGUUCUUUGAAGUUCUUGAUUAUAUAGUGCCGUCUGAGCAAGAAGAACAUCUUGAAUCAUCCGUUUCUGCCCACUCUCAAGAGCAUUUAUUUUAUGCAAAUGAUUGUUGGGACCGCCUAGUACAAACGCUCCAGAACAAAACGGAUGGUGAUAACUAAGGCGUGAAAGACAAACACUAUUGGUUCUUGUUUGUGAAUAAUAAUGAAAUAGCGGCCCCAUAAAGAAUACCAUCCUUGAUCCCAGUGAGCUGAUACUUAGACGUCUGCAAUAGCUGGUGUGAGCGCAGCUCGUCUUUGAUUCUCCAAAUUCGUCUUUCGGUCAAACUUCUUGGUGAGGGAUUCGCCGAUUAAAGCGAUUACUACCAAAAAUGGCGCUGCACAUUCUCGUUGCACUUCUUGUAGGAUUUUCAAACGGUAAGAAAUUGUCAUAACUUCUUUGGUUCCUAGAAGAUUCCAUUACUGUAUAUCAAAUAUUUGGAUUUUGAUUUAAGAUUGCUUUUUUAACAGUUACAUCUUGCACAGACGAACAGUUUGUUGAUUAAUAGACGCGAAUAAUACUCUUCUGAUGUGAUCUUAUGGCGCGCUUCGGAAUAAAUUGUGCAAGAAAAUUCUUCGUAAUUUUCCGUCGCGCUAACCAGAAUUCGCACUGAGGCGAAACGGCGCCGUACUUUCCUUGAUGUCUUGCACAAAGCUCUAAUUUUACUAGCGUUUAAAGUUGGAGAAAGUUUACGACAAUUUCGCAAUGCAGUAGACCAGCUAACUUGAACAAAAUCCUUUGACUCUUUGUUCGGCGACAGAGAGCUACAUUCAACAUUCUUUCAGUCGCUGAUGAUUCAUUUGCACAUCCCAGCGCUUGUUAUCUGCGGCCAAAAUUUUUGUUUCUUUGUCUUGCACGCCCAAAUGAUUGAUAAUUUUGAAUUUGGUUCGCUGAAUGAAGUGAAAAAAGAUGUAGACUGCGCGUUUCUUCGAGUCUGUAGGACUGGUCGCAAGGCCACGCACCAUUGCAUACCGGGUUAAAUAUGCAUAAAAUACAGCUUGAAAGCAAACAUGUGCUGUAGUUUAUUAAGUGAUGUUUGUUUUGUCUCUGUUACACGCUUUUAAUGGAAGUCACUUUCGCUGUUCAUUUCAUUAGAUGAAUCUCAAAAUUUACUUGUAACUUUGUUCUCCUAGUUUUGCUUGAAAUUUUUUUGGGUGUGGUUGAAUUGAAAUCAGACCUGAAGACCACAAAUCCCAUGCCUUUUCAACCUCCGAAUCUAAUGAAUAUUAAUCGCUAAACCCUUGGCACCUUUUUGGAAAGUAUUGACAAACAGUUUUGACAAAAUAUUUCGCUUUGUUUGGACUUGGCUUACGAUAUCAGCUGUGUCAAAUAUAGCUAUGCUCGUUUCAGACAUUUUGGCUAUGAAAACCCUUGCGUGUGUGCGGGGCUUUUCGCGCGGGGCUUCGAAGCAAGUAUCGCGACUUAAAAACAUAGUCACAAAAAGGUUUUCGGGUCAGUCAAAACAGCUUAGAUUAAAACGUUUUUAAUUCAUUCCGAGAUAACUUCGGCUUCCCGCGUUGUGCUUUGUCUCAUUAUGUUGGUCGUCGAAAGAGUGAUCGAGAUCUAGCGAACAAAAUAGUCCCGCGGAAUUUUUUAACGUGGAUAUUACACUCAUAAUAUCGGUGUGUCACCGUUUUGAGGCAGAAGAUUCUCAGACGCCUGAAAUAUUAUACAUCUAAUGACGAUUCAUAUAGUCCAAAGCUUUGAUUCGUAUCAAAGAAUUUUGUUCACACUUGUGAUGCAACGAGUGAGUGCUUCUAUUGUUUACGAGCCACCUGCCUUUGAAAACACCGCGCGCAUUUUUAUGGUCUCUGCGCAAAUGGAGCACAAACCAGAAAGUCAAAACUGUCUCGGUCUUGACAUCGCUAAUAUCUUUGUUGGCGCCCGAUGAUAUAAGCAGAUCCAAAUCUAAACAAAAGUCACGGGGUAUAUUGAUAUGAUUUUCAUCAUAGAUGCCAUACUCCCAAGGUUCAUUCUUGCUCAAACAAAUCACCCGAAACUUCUUGAUUUUUUUUAUUGAGUCUUCAUAAGAUAGCGAAGGUCCUGAAGACCACAGCCCAAUUUGCUUAUGGCCUAAAAAGCAAGAGCUUUUAAGUGUCUAACUUUAACAGCCAACUUGUCAACUUAGGCUAACAUACUUGCAGUUUUUCGUUUACAACCUUCUCUUCGUUAAGUGCUCCUCAGAUUUUCGUGAGCUUUGCAAAACGUAUUUGUUUCUUCGCAGCUAAUGUUUUGAAUGAUCAGUAGACCGUUUAUUGUCACUUAGCUAAAAGCUUUUAUCUUAAAACAUAGUUUGAAAUAUGGAUAUUAAAAAAAUGCAUAUACAAUACGAAAUAAUUUGCUUUCAUCAAACAAUAUUCUGCAUACUCUAGUUUCGCGUUUGGCGCACAUGGAGCCACCUUGCGUUGCCUGAUGAGAUAUCAAUUACUAUCUGUCAUAUUCUACCGCGUUUUCUGAAGCUAAUUGCUUUUAAAAAGACGUCUGCAAUUCUUGCUUGAUUAAGAAUUAAAACUGGUGGCAAAGUUUAUCAACUUAAUUAACUCGUGGGUUCACAGGUUUUAACCAGCCGUCGCCACUCUGAUCCUGAGUCCACAAAGCCUAACUUCUUGCAUCUUCUUAAGUAAAUGUCUUAAUCCCAUAUCUAUUAAUGCAGGGAAAAUUGAAAGCGUAACUACGAGAUACAGCAGCAGCAGUAUGCUAAUAGAACUUUUAAGUAAAAAAAGGAAGAUACAGAAAAAUUGUUCACACAGAAUUAAACCUCGCGUGACACGCGCAGCAAAGGAAGAACACGCGAUGUUUCUUGCUCGAUCGAGUUUAGGCGUUUUUCCACGCCCUUCGGUAAUGCUUGUUACCUUUAGAACGUUCAAGCGGUUUUAUGUUAUCCCACUUCUAGCUAUAUUUAUAUCUGAAGUGACAGGUAUUGUAAAUGACGGGGAAAGCAGCAGCCCAGAAAGAUCGAAGAAUUCCGCGAAGAAUGUCGACGUCUUUAAAAAAUACUAGGUCCCAGGUCUUUGCACUUUUGCUGUGCUAGAACAUUCGAGGGACAUUGCAUUCCUUUUGAAAAAACAUAAUUUUGUUUAAUAAAAAUCAACUGAGCAGAUAUUAUUUCAAGCAUCCUUCGACACGUUUUGUUCAAAAUUGUAGUGCCUGCUUUGUUGUUCACUAAAAAAAAUUGGUGUUUUCUGUUUAUUUUCAGUUUUUGGCCAAGAAUCACCAACUUCUGGUCCCUUCAAAAGUAAGUAACGCAGACGCGAGAUCAGCGCGAGAAACGGUUAUGGUCUCUGAGCCAUACCUCCGGAGAUUUAGCGAGACUGUAGAGAUAUUCUGUUUACAUUAAUUAUGGGGAUUGUUAAGUUCUGUACAUUAAAACUAUCAACAGAAGAAGAAAAAAUUGAACUGGCUACAAUACCAGAGGAUAAAUUAAAUCUUAAUCCCUGGGCACAACAUUUAACGAUCAAAUUGAUACAAGUUCAAUUUGGAGGAGAAGGGGUUAGGCAGACACUCUUGGCUAUCAAGAAAACAGGAAUAGUGAGUUUUACUUAAAGUGUUCUAUGGCAUCCUGAGCAUGAGGCUAACGCACUUAUUGUUGGACCCAGUAGUGUGGUAUUCAAUGUUUUAUCAUCUUUGUUAUCUUAGCCCUGUCCGUCGAAUGUACUCACGAGUAUAUGAUGGCAGUGUUGGAGCAUCAUCCCAAUCAUACCGAUCUGGACAUGGACAAAAUCACUCUAAAGGACGUAAGCUGUACCCUUACUGACUUGGGAGAAUUCAAUGCAACCCAUCUGUGGAUGAAAGCUCCGCUUGAUGGCUGCAUGACAGAACACAAUACAACUGAGGACACCAUCACAUACUUGAACAGCAUCGUUGCCGAGACAAGAGCCUCUGCAGGUAGCGUUCUGAUUUCCAGGGAGUUUCAGGCAGAGUUCCCGUUCAAGUGCAGCUAUCCACGCUCCGCUAUCAUGUCUGUCGCCAGCUUCUCCCCUCGGGAAAAAGUUAUCUACACAAGGACAGGUAAGAGAGAGGUCUGGGUACUUUUUCUCCCCAGGUCUUUCGCGGCUAGAUUAACAUCCACUGUCAGUCGCCUGUUAGGCUUUCUUCAAGGCCCCCAUGACCAAACCAUUAGGCAAAUUCAAGAGGGUCAAGACUCGGAAUAUUUAAGUUAAACCGAAUUUUGAAGGUUUUUUUUUUCCUAUUUGCAGCUCAAUUCGGCAACUUUACCUUUACGAUGGACAUGUACGAGACGGAUCAAUAUUUGAAACCAUAUGACAGCUACCCGGUGAAAAAGGACCUUCAGGAAAAGAUGUACCUCGAGGUGAAAGUCACGUCCAAUGAUUCCAAAUUGGUGCUGAUUCCUGAGAGAUGUUGGGCCACGCCCAGUGAUGACCCAAACGAUGGAAAAUUCUUUGCUUUUAUCGAAAAGGGGUAAGAGGCUCUAAAGAUCGUCCAAGAAAAAAUAGAAAUUAAAAUGACGAAAUGAAGCGUUAAUACGACUUUAUCAAAUUGCUUUAAAAAAAAAAAAAAACCUUGGUUUCUUGAUUGUGAGACAUGACAUGCUUGAGAGAGAGACUUUAGACAAUGUCAGUAUCUGAGAAACUGCAAGCUCACCCUAACCAGUUGGCUGAAAAACGCUCUUUCGGAUUUUUCUUUUUUACACGAAACUAAGCCGAGAAGCAAUCACUGAGAAGAAUCCUUCUUUGAGGUUUCAUUAGACGGACAUGGGUCAGCUGUGAUAUCUCCAUAAAUUUAUCGGUAUUUCUGGUAUUACGAUCGAAAUUCCCGUUAUGUCGUACUUCUGUAUCUAAUCCGUGUCACGAAAUCAUCGGAAGUCCUUACACUUGUACAUGCACUUACAUCUAUACUCUACGUUCUAAUUUUCCUGUGUUGUAUCUUCGGUUCUAUCCAGUUGCGCUGAGGACGAAACAUUGGUGUUUAAUUACGAGGAAAAUGCAGUUCAACGCUUCAACUUAGACGCUUUCCGCUUCUUAGGGGAGAGCUCAGGGUCCACUGUUUACCUUCACUGCGCUGUGGAGGCCUGCCGUAAGGGAAACAACGAGUCACGUUGUGCCCAGGGAUGCGACCGGGACAACUCCAGGAAGAGGCGUAGCCUGGAAUUGGAUAGCGUUGGAGAGCAGACUGUUAGCAUUGGACCAUUGACCGCUGAAGAUAUUCAACCACAAGAACAAGGUUAGUGUGCGCGUGUGUUCACGUACGUAUGUGUGCGUGUGCUUUACAUAUUGCGCGAACGUGAGAUUUGUGAUUGCGUGAGUGAGUGGCAAUAAUAUGCAUGGACAGCAAACAUCUCGUUAAAUCGUCAGCGUGCGUGAGUGUUAUCGUGGGCAAGUAAAUGGUUUUGACCCGGUCGUAAGCUUGUUUUUUUUUCUCCCCCACGAAGCAAAAUCUCACUAUAAAAAGUAAAUUCCUAACAUGUUUGGUUUCAUUCACUUCACAGCUCAAGAAUCUGGAAGUUCGCUGACCGUUAUUGCCGCGGUCGCUGGUGUCUUGGGCGUGGUCGUGUUGGCGCUUAUCACGGCUCUGGUUGUGUUGUACAAGCGUUUUCAUUCACCCCAACAGGCUGGUCGAGUCGUAUACAGUACGGCUUCCAAUGACGAAAGCAAGAUGCUUGUGUGAGAGAGAAUGGGUUGACGUAACGUGGCACACUAAAGGAAAGUCUUUCGCCUUUCACCCCUUCCUUUUGUUAGCCUGUGCAGCAAAUAACACUUUCGAUGAUUUUUUUAUUCUUUUUAGUUUUUAUCGAAAAUUUUUUUUUUAUCACUCGAGCUUUUAAAUGAUAAGUUCUAACUUUGAGAACCUUUGAAAAGCUCUCAAAACCUCGAUCGUUUGGUCUUCAUUUACACUUUUGUACUAAGGCAAUAAAUUUUGCAUUGAAAGAUGGCGUGCGAACAAGAAGUCGUUUCAGUAAAAUAAUUUUUCCAUUCAACUGUUUUUUAUACAGAAACAAAUCAAUUAAUCGGUGACACUUUUAUCGAAAGUUUCUAACAAAAUGUUUGCGGUGAUGAAUUGCUCAAGCGUAUUUGCAUGUUGGCGUUUAAGGUUUGACUAAGUUUGAUUAAUCUAUGCAGACUUGCUACCAGUCGUUACGCAAUAAAGAUUUGACGAGUUGGCUCUGAGCCUAGAGAACGCUUUCCCAGCAUUCCUUUCGUACUUCCUUGUUCCUCCUCAGCCCUCUAUCUCUUUUCCUAGGCGUGUAAGAAGGAAGGGAUUGGGCGCAAGUCUAAUAUGUUGAUCAAUCGUUGCUGUUUUUCGUAAAUUCUAGGAAAUGAAGCGAAACAAGCAUGCUUAAAAUUUUAGCAAAAGGGUGCGACACAAACAGAACGACUAUAUCACGUUGUUACCGCUUUUAAAGCAAGCUCAACAGAGUGAAGAAAUUUAUACACUCUUCUCGAUUUUUGCUGGAAAAGGGACCUAGAAUCAUUCUAUUCAAGGGUAUUGAGGGGUAGCUUGUAUAUGUAACUUUGUUUUUUAUGAAGAUUUUCCAUCGAGCAGAAUCUUAGCGUUGCAGGCUAAGAAGCGCUACUUUUUGUUAAUCCUAGCUUUUAAUUCCAUAUUUUAAAAAAAUCAAGUUAGCAAUAAUGUGCCACUGUAAGGAAGUCUUUCUUUCCUAUUAAAAAUGCAUGAAAAAAUACAGGCUUGUGAAUUACGAACCUAUUUUGAAGUGUUCAAAGUCGGUGGUAACGGUGGUUUCGUCAUAGUCUGCAGAGUUGUAGCUGUCAUCUCUGAUUUUUACGGCAGCGAAAGGCUGAGGAGAGAAAAAAAAAAUUUUACCAAGGGGGGUGACCGAAGGUCAAAAGGAAGUAGAGGGGAGGGGUAGUGCCUUUUCCUGCCCCCCCCCCCCUUACCGUCCACUCUAACUCUGUAUCAAACAUGGUCGUUCGGAAUGAACAAGUGCGAGCUUUUAUCUUAAAUCCACCAGAAUAAAACCCCUGCACUGCAAGGUAACUUCGCCACCGGAAUUUUCUUAAUAAAUUAAAAAUUAUUGCACUGCACAUGCUAAUAAUUCUGCGCUUGAUUACCGCCGUUUUGUUACCAGUGUCCCCUCUUUUUAGGGCAUGUGGUCUAAUGGCGAGUGGCUCCGGGGACGAGAACGGA